UGUACCAAUAUAAUGUGUGCUUUGAAUAUGAACAUUUCAGACAUUUGUUUUUAAAUUCCAUGACAGCUGACAUCGGCAACAUGUUAAGAAUAUGCUAAGAAAUUCCAGUAAAAAUCAAAUGGGCAACUGCUUUGUCAAUUUUUAUGGAAGGCUGGCGGACCAUGCUAAUUGUAAAUGCCGAACCUCUAGUUGUUAAUCACCUUGCUAUAAACAGGGUAGAACGUGCCUUUUAGGGUUUAAGAACGUAAUAAACGUUGAUGCAAUGCAUGAUAAGAAUAUGUAAAUUAUGUAAAAUAUAGUACCCAGAUACCGAAUUUCAUCUCCUAGUACAUCCGCUAUACCGAGAACUAAGAAUUAAAUAUUUCAAACGAACCUUAUAUAAAGUCAGUUACUUUUGUUACCUUGCAAAAUUUUAAUACUUCGCAAACAAAAAACGUAUCACACAAUAAACAUGUGUUUGUAAGAUUUCAAAAUAUCAUUCUGCUCAUGUAUAACAUUCGUUAAUAUUUUUUCUUCACAGAUUCUGCAAGCAGUCGGGAACAGUCAGCUGUCCAGUUAUGUACCUUACGGCUAUUCAAAUCUGGAAGAACAGCAACCGAGAGCGCCUUCUUCAAUGCUGUCAAAUUAUAUACAUGUACAGACAAAUACGUCCGAAGGAGAGAAGCAGCCUAUGAAUUCCAUCAGCGUUUCUCCUGUUCUACCAGGAACCAGAAAUAUUACAUAUAACGUUACGCGCAUGCUCAAAGAUUCUGCUCAGACGCCGAGAAGUCAACUUCCAAGUACAUCACCGCCUGCAGCACGCUACUCGCCAUACAGUACAGCUCAUUUUAUGUCGUUCAGACAUAAUAUUCUGAAUAAACACAGUUUGACUUACAAUGCAGAUAUCAACCAGGAUGAUCCAAUAUCUGACACUUCAAACAGCGACAUGUCCAUUUCUACAGACGGGUCUGCCUCUCCAAAAUCAUCAGCCUCUGUCACACCUCCCCCGCCGGGCGAGGAAAGCUCGGCAAUAGGCAAUUCUCCAUCCAGCGUCCAUUUCUCACCUUUAGACGAAACAAAAUCUAGUGCCGAUUCUUCCCCUAGUGGCGUAUCAACUUCUUCCAGAGCAGCAUCUUCACGUUCUUCUAGGGUCACUAAUACUGACAGCAAAGUGAACAAUGACGAACAGCCAAAGAAAAAGGCGCGAACCAACUACACAAAUGAGCAAAUACAGGCGCUACUGAAAAUAUUCCAUGAGACCCCGUACCCUGACUCUGAAAUGAUGGAAACCAUUGGAAAAGAUUUGGGUAUCAGUGAAAAACAAGUCAAGAUCUGGUUCCAGAACAAGAGAGCAAGAUGGCGCAGACGUGUCAACGACAACAAGAACAACCAACUUCAGUCUUUCGUCCCUAUGCCACCUAUGUUGCCAUCUGCUGCACCAUACGGAUACAUGCCAAUGGGUCAUAUGAUGACGUCAUCGACGCUACAGAAUUUUCCUGGAUACUUCAAUUAUCCUUGGAUGCAGGGAAACAACAACCAACAGCUUCCGGGACAAAUUUCGACCAAUCAGAUUCCAUCAAGUUAUCAGACAACCAGUCACAGUGCAGCAUUGCUAAACCAGGCUUCUUCUGCCGUUAACACGGCACCAUUUACAAGGACACUGUCGUCUGCCCAAUAUGGUAGAACAUUGCCACAGCAAAAUAUAACAGCGAACCAAAACAGACAUUUGCUUCAAUACCAAGGUUACAUGUAUACACCAGCAUAUGCACCUGUGUCAUGAUUCUGCAUAUAUAACAUCCAUCUUGUUACUGUAUAUAUCAUUGUUAUUGAUACUGUUUUGUAAUAUGGUGCUAAUUGAAUCAGUAGAUACUCCGAAACGAGCGACACACCUCAAGCUCGAUGUAUAUAAUACACAUA